AUGGACAACCACCGCAACUCUAACAACACAUUCGGUCACCAAACAAUCACCUCCAGUACUACAGCUACUCUCUCACCACAUCACACCUUUACCUCUACUCACGACGACAUGGGGACAUGGGAAAAGCAAGCCAUCCCUCCCGUCCCUCCCGCAGUCCCGCCAAAGCAAACCCCUUUGCAUCAAGGACAUGACGCUCCACAACCUCUCUCAGCAUAUUACACACCCCACGAGUACGUCGAUGUCAACGGAAUGCGGAAUAAGGCGAUUAUCCCUGCGAACGGGUUUGAGAAGUUCUCUCAGCAUGGACAUGGUGGACAGCCGCCAGCAACAGCAAAGUCGUCCGGGGGGCAAGGGAUAUAUGGGAUGCGAAGGUCGACGUUUGUGCUGGUUGUUGCUUUGGUUGUUGUUGUUGCCGUGGCAAUUGGUUUAGGUGUUGGGUUGGGGGUUGGGUUGAAGAAGACUGGUGGUGGUGGUGGUCGUGAUGGAGCCCAGCAAUCCCAAAUCACUACUUCCGUCUCCCCUUCCUUAACAAUAGUCGCAACAUCAGCAACAGCAUCACCACAACCAACCAGCGCCAACGGCCGCGCACCUACAACCGCAACCACAACCACCACAGUCACCCUCGCCCUCCCAAGCCCCCUAGCUUCAACCACCUCCCAAUCCAAACUCACAUGCCCAACCUCCAACUCCACGCUCCUCACCUCGCCCUUCACUUCUUCCAACCAAGCACAAAAAUACCAAAUCCUCUGCGACGCAAACCUCUUCGCCUCCUCCUCUUCCCCUUCCUCAAAACAAAAUCUUGCGGGCCCUUUGAGGGCAAUACAGACACUCGAACAAUGCUGGGGCGUGUGCGAUGGGAUGAAUUUCUUUUUGGGGAGAAAAGACGUGGCGGCUGUGUGGAAUUAUAUCGAUGGGCCGGCGAAGGGGGACUGUUGGUGUAUUGCUGGACCGCAGACGGGGGAGGGACAAUUGAGGGUGGUGGGGAAUGAUGGGGUGGGUGUUGUUGUUAGGCCUUGGGAUGGUUAA